AAUUCGCCAUGCAGUUUUGUCAUAAAAUUCGUUCGGCAAGGAGUGACGCGAGCGUUUUCACGAUAGAAGAAAGUGGAAAUAUUUUGAACGUGUACAAUUAUUUUUUGCCACUCCGCGUUAGAGAUAUAUUUAUCCUCGGUUUGCCGUGAGGUGGCUGUCCCACCAUACAAGUUCUCACGUCUUUCAUCUGCGAAGCGCGCGAUUUUUUAUUGAGCUUAAGCAUGAAGAAAACUGCGAAUGAGUGUAAUUUCCUACAGAAAUGUAAUAUAUUGUACGUGAAAAUGAUACCAAAAUGAAGCAAAAAGGCUCUCCCUACCGGAGUCUGAAAUUAGCUGCUCACUUUGGGGGAAGAUAUAUUGUGAAGCGUUCGGGAGGAUAACACAGAUCCAGCAAUUUGGUGCCAUACGUGUUAUGAAACUCACCUGCUUGUUGUACGAAUGUGUAUCGUGGCCUGCAUUAGCAAAUCUCAUCAGUGGAAGCAAACAAUUGUGGCUGGGUAGAAAGCAUCCAGAAAAUUAAUAUAGAAUACGGUAGCCGUUCGAGAAGCAUCAAGUUGAUCGAGCUAAGAAUUGUGAUGAGCAAAUGUAAGCAAGAUAUGAAAAAUGAUUAUUCGAAACAAGCCUCAAGUUCACGUCUGAUGUGAAUAAUAAAUAUUCAAUGUUGCAUAGGUCGCAAGCUUCGCAAGCCAGUUGUCUUAGUUUGAACUUCGACAUGAAAGGAGUCUUAGUGCCAGUAGAAUCGCAGCACUACCGUGCAGCGAAGUCUGUUGAAAGAAAUCAUCAUUGGGGAAGUAGUACUUUCACUUUCAACUAUAAAAAGGAAGGAAACUCAAAUCAAACGCAGUUCGUGUAGUACUGUCUAGAAACACCACCGGUUAAACCUGAUAUUUCAUAAUAUUGUGUAAAAAUGAUCACAAAUGUUUCAAUAUUGUUAAAGUAUCAAAGUGAAGAUCGCCAUUUAAAGUUCAGUAGAUAAUCUCGGUUAAAAAUGAAGCUCUCCCUCAAAGUGGUAGGGUAUUUCACCACUACGUCAGGAUUUAAUUGAAAGAGCAAAGUUUCUUCAAGCGAGCAGCGAAAACAUGAGACGGAAGUGAAAAUGAAUGAAAACAGUGGCGGAAGUUGCAGCAACAGGCAUAAUAAAAUUAUCUUUCUUCUAAUAAAAUAGUUUUUAAUGAGUUAUUUCUGCUGUGUAAGCAAGUGCCCGAUAGUGUCAGGGUGGUGCACCGAGUGCAGCCCGAAAAUUUGCCUGACUGCUCCGCAGUGGUGGUUCGUAAUAAGCAGAGGAAGAAAGAAGAAAAGUGAUCAGCAGCGGGCGGAAAUUAAUCGCUAAAGUGUAAAAUAACUUCCGGUCGGAGUCUUCCACUCACCGAUUCGCAACGGAUCUUUCCAAUAGGCAUCACUAGUAAACUCGGCAACCGGUAGCUAGUUCACACAGCAGAACUUAGGCCGGGGGCUUCGCGACCAUGGAACGCAAACGCUCAGUCCGGCGGCGACAGAAGCCGCCGUUUGCAGAACGGUUCAAGGAUCAUUGUCGGAACUUCACUGCAUUUAUGUUCAGCAAUGUUGGGAUAAUUUUUUUAGUCGUCCUCUACAUGAUUGCGGGUGCGUUCAUGUUCAUCGCGAUCGAAGGUAAUGAAGCUUUAGAAAGGUUUGCUCAAAUACCGUCCAAGAGAAACGAGACUGCCAUGCGGCUGUGGCAGAUAUCCUGCUGCGAAGUGAAUGUGUUCAACAAAUCUGUGUUCGAGGAAAGAGUAGGAGAAGAAAUACGUGCCUACCAGGAGAAGAUUGUGCUGUGGGCCCGCCGUGGCUGGCAAGGAAGUGACAUCACACUUGAGAGCGAAACGCAAUGGUCCUUCUCCGGAGGAUUCCUGUACUCCCUAACAGUCAUCACUACAAUUGGCUACGGGAAUAUCGUUCCCCGCACUGAAUGGGGCAAAAUUGCUACCAUCUUUUACGCAAUCAUAGGAAUGCCGCUGUUUCUCCUUUAUCUAUCCAACAUAGGUGAUAUUCUGGCCAAGUCAUUCAAAUGGAUCUACGCCAAAUUUUGCCUGUGUCAGGUCUGUCCGGGAGUAGCACGGAGACGUGCGCUCCGUGCCAGGCGCAGAGCCAGAACCGAAGAACGUGAAUACCAGUCGGAACUAGGCGAAAACGGUUUCGAUACGGCCACCAUCAGCACCUCAAACAUGGAGGAAGAAAUCGACGAGGAAAUCACUGCCGAAACGCAAACUGUGACCGUUCCAAUUACUAUUUGUAUAAUGAUUAUGAUCGGGUACAUAUUUUUCGGUGCUCGACUAUUCGCAGACUGGGAAAAUUGGGAUAUUCUAGACGGAAGCUAUUUCUGUUUCAUUUCACUAAGCAGCAUUGGCUUUGGAGACAUCGUUCCAGGUGCUUCGCUGCAAACGAAGGGUGACACGAAGAUGGAAAUAAGCUUUAUUCUAUGUGCCAUUUAUCUACUGCUCGGCAUGGCACUGAUAGCGAUGUGCUUUAAUCUAAUGCAGGAGCAAGUUAUCUACAAGAUUCGGUCGUUGAAGAAAUGUGUCCGAGGGUGCUUCCAGUGCAAGAAGACUGCACCUCCGCCGAACGAAGAGGAAUCCGAUAGCUGAGAAAGGAUGUGCAUCAACGUAAUUUCAUAUCGUGGCUUGUGAAUCUGAAAAAAGUAACAGUGACAUCUGGAAUACCAUGGAAAUACUGCACAAUUACCGAGCAGAAUUGAACUGUUGGAAUCAUCUCGGGGAUUUCAGCCAUAAAAAAAGUCAAUCUGCACACUGCUUAACUGAAGGUCGUAGGAUAGGACAGCGAUUAAAGACAAUGCGAGACAGUUGUUGGCGUUUUUUCGUUUUUAGUAACAGUUUCUAUUCAACCUUUCUUCUCUGAUUAUCUAAAUUUUGAAAGCGAGUGAUUUUAACUGAUAAGGUAACCAUAAUAAGAUAAUUUCGAAACUAAACGAUUGUCAAACAUUCCAGAAGAUAAAAAGAUUAAAUAUUAUUUUCCGAUCGA